AUGCGCACUCUGCACGUCGACGGGCCGUCCGGCGGACCACUGGGUGGGGAGCAAGAAGUGCACCCCGCCCAGAAGCAAAGGAGGGAAACGGCCCGCCUCACAGAUGGUGAUACGUUCGAGUACAUCGUGGUAGGAGCUGGCGCGGCUGGUACCGCUGCGGCUGCUCGGAUGGCGCUCGCUGGAGCAGACGUGUUGCUGCUGGAGGCGGGUGGUGAUCCUGACCUCUUCUCCAGGGUACCCGGAGCAUCUAUGGCACUAUUGGGUUCUAAUUUGGAUUAUCAUUACGAGACCAUCUCUAACAACAUGUCGUGCCUCUCCUCCCAGAAGAGGUCGUGUCGUGCCAGCCGCGGGAAAUGUCUCGGAGGCUCUACUAGUAUCAACUACAUGAUGUACGUCCGUGGAAACCCGUAUGACUUUGAUAGUCUACACCUCUCAAAUUGGUCAUGGAACGAUAUGAAGCCUUAUUUCUUACGUUACGAGGGAUUAACUGAUUUGAAUCUGCUACCUCCAUCCUCAAUACCGUAUCACAAUACAGCUGGAACAAUGAAAGUUGGUUUUUUCAGGAACUCUGAUAAUUCGUGGCGUUCUAGGAUAAUCGAUGGGUUUAACUAUCUGAAUUUUCCUUACAACGCUGAUGUAAAUGCAAUUUCGCAAAUCGGAGUCUCUCAAGUCAUCGGCUAUACUUAUAAAAAUCAACGCAUGAGCACUGCACGAGGUUACUUGGAAAGAGAUGAUGUGAAAAUGAAGUUGAAAGUGGCCAAGUUCACGACGUGUACUGGAGUUAUCAUAGACGAUGACAAUGUGGCGCGCGGAGUCACCGUCGUUCAUGGUCUGUUCAAAACUAAACUACGGCUGUACGCGACGAAAGAAGUUAUCUUGAGUGCUGGCGCUCUAGUCACCCCACAGCUGCUCAUGUUAUCUGGAAUCGGUCCGGCUGAACAUUUAAACGAAUUAGGUAUACCACUUCGUGUUGAUCUAUCUGUAGGUAAUGAUAUGAUUGAUCACGCGUUACCACUUAUAUUUAUCAAAGUCGAUCGAGACUCAAAUUUCUUAAAGACGAUCGUUGAGAGCAUCGGUACAGUAUUUAAUUUUUUUGCUGAUAUACUAUUCACACGAGGCGAGUCCCACAGCUCUAUCGGUGUGACAGAUAUCACUGCAUUUGUGAACACACGAUGCUACGAUUUUAAGGAACGAAGACUUAUGAACAAUGGUGCUGAUUGUGAAGUACCGACAACACAGAUCAUUUUUGCUAAUAUAGACAAAGGUUUGAUUCAACUCGGGCCAAAGAUUUUUCAACACAAAACCGGACUAAACCGAGCUAUCACUAGACAACUAAGUAAAAUUAAUGCAGAUCAUGCCUUUUUAUUAGUAUCAUGCGAGUUAUUAGAGCCAAAGUCCAGUGGUAGGGUACGAUUGGCUGGCGUCGAUCCUCUACAAGCGCCUGCAAUUUUUCUCAACUACUUGGCCGAUAACCGUGAUGUAGAGCAGAUGGUGCGCGGUAUACGGAUCAUCCAGCAUUUGAUAGAGACGCCCGCGUUCAAAUCGCGCGGCGCGUCAAUGGUGCAGCUGGAGCUGGAGGGCUGUCCUCGAAGCGCAGAGGAGGACUGGUCGUCGUACUGGGGCUGCUACGCGCGGCACAUGACGUACUCGACGUUCCACUCGGUGGGCACGACGGCGCUGGGCCGCGUGGUGGACGGCCGGCUGCGCGUGCGCGGCGUGCGCCGGCUGCGCGCCGCCGACGCGGGCGUGCUGCCCCGCCCGCCGCGCGGGAACACCGCCGCCGCAGCCAUCGCCGUAGGGGAGAGGGCCGCAGACUUCGUUCUAGAAGACAAUCAGCACUGA